CGGGCCAUGGCCCAUGUGUAGAAGAUGUUAAACACUCAGUGCUGCGGAAAACGGGCCGGCCGGACAACGGGAAUAAUGGCAGUUGCAUCGCCCGUGGCCAGGUUCUACCAUAUGGCUUCCCCUACUGCUGAUGACGCCACGUUCCGCAACUUCGUCACUGAAGCCACCGCUCCAACGGCCACCGUAUCGGAAGACAUGCGCUUGUGUACAGUUCUUGGCCGGCUUCGGGCUUCCGGCUGGUACUAUGAGGGCGCCAAUGCACAGGCCAUGACCACGAACGCGUUGACCAGAAUGCCGGCAGGCCGAUUUUUCGUUCGAGAUUCCAAACACUUGGAACGCCUGUUCACGAUGGACGUGCAGACAGGCCGAAUCGGCGAGUCCCGGCCCAUAAGCGUCCGGUUCACGUACGUGGAUGGCAUGUUCGGGCUGGACAUGGCGCCACGGCACACAGGUGCUCGCUGCGUCCCGAAGUUCCGGUGUCCGAUCGAGCUAGUCGAAUACUACGUACGUAUGUCCCGGAUCGAGGUGACCCACCAGAUGUCCGUGUACCCCACGUGGGUCGACCAGCGUGGCAAGUUUUUCUCGUGGAUGAACCUCCGCCGGCCAAUGGUUAAGGUCACCGCCGAAGAGUUCCCGUCGCUAAAGCACUUGGCCCGCCUGGUAAUCAACCGACACAAUCAACUCAUCACAAUGGCUUCUACAUCACAACCAAAAGAAUUGAUCGAAUAUUUACUUCAAUAUCCGUAUAGCCUGUGAUUAAAUUAUGUUCUACACCGUCUACGUUACAUUUCUACUAUUAUUACUAUUAUUUUUGUUUGUUAUGUAUGUUUACUAUUAUAUAGUCUUAAAUCUUAAUGUAUGUUAUGUAUAUAGUAUUGUAGUAAGUACUAAUUUAUAGAUGGUGCAUUUCCCUGGCGCCCCUACC